GAAAAGAAACCUAGUUAAUCACCUCGAGACGAACGGCAGAACGACAAGAUGGCGGCGUGAGUGGGUUGCGCUUAGGAAAUAGUAGCGACUCCUUUUAUUUCUUUAAUAUUACAACGGAUAAAUAGAAUUCGUUAAUGUAUGCUUAAAUCAACGGAAUAUAUCUUUCAUCGUGGAGUAAAAUCGCCCCUCUAUUUGAGGUGGUUUAGAGAAAACGUCGAACACAGGACUGCUAAUAACGUUACUGUGUCCUUCCUCUAUGAGGCUAGCUAGCUGCUGGUGUGCUAGUAGCUAACGUUACUGGAAAACUGGUCAAGUAAACCCCAUCGGAUUUCGGGGAAAUAAUCGUAUCGCUGAAAUACACUUUGGGACAGCGAGAACCUACAUUUGACACAAAUGACUUUUACAUUUUCGUCUUAGUGAUUAAUCGCGGGCCUUUGGUAGCCAACAACACAUUUAAGCUAGCUAGCUAGCUAGCAUUGUUUCAACUGAAUCGGACAACAGAAAAAGAGCUAUAUGUAACGUUACUUACAGCAGUAGCUACCAACGGGCUAAAGGGUCGCAUAUAUUCGAUUAUAAAACGCCGUCAUUUACCGAUCGAGUGUUGCUAGGGAUUAGAAAGAUAUGGCUAGUAGCAGUGGUUCUAAAGCCGAAUUUAUAGUCGGUGGGAAAUACAAGCUUGUCCGGAAAAUUGGAUCUGGAUCAUUUGGUGACAUUUACUUGGCAAUCAACAUCACAAACGGAGAGGAGGUCGCUGUAAAACUGGAGUCGCAGAAAGCCAGACACCCGCAGCUCUUGUAUGAAAGCAAGCUAUAUAAAAUUCUUCAGGGGGGAGUUGGAAUUCCGCACAUCAGGUGGUAUGGCCAGGAAAAGGACUACAAUGUCCUAGUGAUGGAUCUCCUGGGACCCAGUUUAGAGGAUCUCUUCAACUUUUGCUCUCGCAGAUUCACAAUGAAAACUGUUCUUAUGCUUGCAGAUCAGAUGAUCAGCAGAAUUGAAUAUGUGCACACGAAAAAUUUCAUUCACAGAGAUAUCAAGCCAGACAACUUUUUAAUGGGUAUUGGCCGUCACUGUAAUAAGUGUUUAGAAUCUCCAGUGGGGAAGAGGAAAAGAAGCUUGGCUGUUAGUUCUUCUCAGGACCCAUCUUUCUCAGGAUUAAACCAGUUGUUCCUCAUCGACUUUGGUUUGGCCAAGAAAUACCGGGACAACAGGACGCGGCAGCACAUACCUUACAGAGAAGACAAAAACCUCACAGGCACAGCUCGCUAUGCCAGCAUCAAUGCACACCUGGGCAUAGAGCAGAGUCGUCGAGAUGAUAUGGAGUCACUAGGCUAUGUGCUGAUGUAUUUCAACAGAACCAGCCUCCCCUGGCAAGGGUUGAAGGCAGCCACAAAGAAACAGAAGUAUGAGAAGAUCAGUGAGAAAAAGAUGUCAACUCCUGUUGAGGUGUUGUGUAAGGGUUUCCCAGCUGAGUUUGCCAUGUACCUGAAUUAUUGUCGUGGGCUGCGUUUCGAAGAAGCUCCUGACUACAUGUAUUUGCGUCAGUUGUUUCGGAUUCUUUUCAGAACUCUGAAUCACCAGUAUGACUACACUUUUGAUUGGACCAUGCUGAAGCAGAAAGCAGCACAACAGGCGGCAUCCUCAGGGGGACAGGGGCAACAGGCACAAACCCCCACAGGCAAGCAAACUGACAAACCCAAGAGUAACAUGAAAGGUUUCUAAGCAUUAAGGCAGAUUAAUGAAGCAGAGCAGAACAGAGUGGUCGUAGCAGGAUUUGCCUUCCAAUCACACUUCGGCGUUUAGGAUCAAAUUCACCAGAACUUGCCAGGCGCACUGUGGGCAACCCUUUUCCUGUUAAAGAACUUUUGUUUCAUAAACUACAUAUGUAAUCGGUAUAUAUAGAUAAUAUGCUCUGCAUUUAUCUAUAUAUUGGUAUGUAUAUACUAUAUCCACAAAGAGAGCAGGCUUGGUAUGGAAUUUGAAGCUGUAGCCUUUUCUAUCCUGUCCCUGAAGACACUCCCUCCCUCUUCUUUUUCUUCAAAAAUAAAGACUUUAGAAAAUGGUUGACUCUGAGGAUAUAAUUGUGCGCUUGGCAAUAUUUUCCUAGAGUUCUCCUUCAGGAAAAUGGCUUGGGCUCCCUCAUUCUUGUCUUGUCACUGGUUGUCAUGAAGUCUGAAACUUAUCAGAUUGGAAACGAUUUCCUCUUCUUUUUUUUUUCCUCAUUAAGCAAGGCUGAAACAAUGUAAGACUAAAUCUGUUUUAAUUGUUAUAAGAGAAACCUGGCUAUUACUAAGCAUUUAUUGUUUUCUCUUUCCUCUGAAAAGGUAAUAAGGUUCUGCCUGCUGAUAUGUGCUAGAAGAGCUUCUAAUGUGAAGAUGAAAAAUUCUAGUGACUACUAGAUUUCUCUUUAGAACGCUGCAUUAACUGUUAUUGUACUUGAUAUUCUGAAGUCUAAAAAAUGAAUAAAAGAUUGAACUUCACAGGAGCAUAUUCAUUACAAAUUAGGCAUCAAUUCAGUAAACCUGUAUAUUUUUUUGCUUAGAUGAAAUUGUAUGCGUGAACGAUCUGGGUUUCUUUUCUAGUAAGAAAAAUUGUUGGGCAAAACUUCACAAAUGGCCAUGGUCUUUUGUUUAUAAGAGGUGAAAAAUUGUCUCCACCCUUCCCUUUACAAUUUUUGUAAACUUUUUUUUUUUUUUAAUAUAUAUUAGUGAAAAUUCUCAUUUUUAUAGUUACUUUACCUGUUUUGAAUAAACCUUAGGGAAAGGGUAUUUUUGUUACAUCUCUGGGGUGUUUGUUCUCUGCGGCUUCUUUUUUCCGCCCUUCCUCUUUUGCCAUGUUGCUUUUGCUUUUGUAUUGCUUAUUUGGGAGUUCAUGUGUUGGGUUUUUUGGGACAAGAUCAAUUAUUUUAAUUUUUAAGUUUCUCCAGAUUUUGGCCACAAGGCACCAGUUCUUUCUCUCUCUCUCUCUCUCUCUCUCUCUCUCUCUCUCUCUCUCUCUCUCUCUCUCUCUCCCCUUUUAUUUAUUUUUUUUCUUCUCCACCCCUACUCCCCCUCAGGGGUGAGGUUACUUAUCUUUCCCCAGCAACCCACCAACCCCUUUCCUCUGUCCUCUAACCCAGCUUAAAGUAUCUUACUGCUGGAUGUUCUAAAAAGUGUAACUUAUUCCCUUUUAGCAUGUCAGAAUAAAUUAAAAAUGACUUCUCAGAACCACUGACCCAGUCUGUAAUUUUAAAAAACCCAUAAACACUGGCUUGGGCUGAGACAUCUAGUUGUCUCCCUUGUCCUGUCCCUUUCUUGGUCUCUACAGUCAUUUACAGUCUGUUAUACAACCAAAUCAGUGGUCCUUUAAAAAUGAAUAUUAAAAUUGAGCAAGAAAAUGUUUGAAUGAAAAGUGCAGGAUUCAGAUUAAUUUGUUUUGAAAACUACAGACAUGUAUUGGGGCAUUUGUGGAAGUGGUCUAAAGGUAUUGCUGUAAUCUGGGCAAGCAGUUCCUAUAAACUGAUGAGCUGGUGAGUAGUUACAAAUGCUUGUGAUGGUGUUUAACUUCUCCCAAAUAUAUAUUUGUAAAUAUUAAAAUGACUUGAAAUGGCA